AUGGACUUCCUGAAAUUCCUGCUUGGAAAAAAAAAUUGGAAAGAUGCCGAUGAUGUGAGCGCUGGGUUGCCAGUACCUUCAAACAAGCCAUUCAACAAUGUCAGGACUGUACCUUCAAACAAGCCAUUCAACAAUGUCAGGACUGUACCUUCAAACAAGCCAUUCAACAAUGUCAGGACUGUACCUUCAAACAAGCCAUUCAAAAAUGUUAGGACUGUACCUUCAAACAAGCCAUUCAACAAUGUCAGGACUGUACCUUCAAACAAGCCAUUCAACAAUGUCAGGACUGUACCUUCAAACAAGCCAUUCAAAAAUGUUAGGACUGUACCUUCAAACAAGCCAUUCAACAAUGUCAGGACUGUACCUUCAAACAAGCCAUUCAAAAAUGUUAGGACUGUACCUUCAAACAAGCCAUUCAACAAUGUCAGGACUGUACCUUCAAACAAGCCAUUCAAAAAUGUUAGGACUGUACCUUCAAACAAGCCAUUCAACAAUGUCAGGACUGUACCUUCAAACAAGCCAUUCAACAAUGUCAGGACUGUACCUUCAAACAAGCCAUUCAACAAUGUCAGGACUGUACCUUCAAACAAGCCAUUCAACAAUGUCAGGACUGUACCUUCAAACAAGCCAUUCAACAAUGUCAGGACUGUACCUUCAAACAAGCCAUUCAAAAAUGUUAGGACUGUACCUUCAAACAAGCCAUUCAACAAUGUCAGGACUAAAACUUUCCAAUACAAAAUGUGUUUCCGAUCUUUAAGUGGUGUCGGAAAUGUAAAUUGCCGCUGUCCACUGGCCAACUUUGGUUGGGCGUCACUGGGAGGCAGGCCUGCACAAUGUAGUACACCCCUUAAGUACGUCACUGGGAGGCAGGCCUGCACAAUGUAG